AUGUCGCAUAUCACUCUUUUCGCCCGUCAAACUGAAACCAAGAACAUGGUCCAGUGCUGUUUCUGUGAGAAAAUGUAUAAAAUUGACAAUGGAUCGAGUGGUUUCAUUCGUCAUCUUCGAUGCAAACAUCCAGAAUUUCUUCACAAAAUGGGUGGAGUCAGUGAGCGUUCGAAAGAGAGAAAAAUGAAGAGCAGUGACACGUUGCUCCUUGGAAAAGGGGAAACAGAAAAUAAUAAUAUUGAUUAUAAAGUGAAAGUAGAGCCAUCAGAUGAGAUGAUUUUGGAUACGGAAGAGUUUUCCAGUAAUCAGAUUUUGGCGAAUUUCGUGAAUCAGAUGGAGUUGGGCCAGAGUGAUGUCCGUAUCGCGGAGAAGCGUCCACGAAUCUCCCCAUCUCCACUGGAAAUCUUGACUGCCCCGGACAAAAGUUUCGAAGAGCCAGACUUCAAAAUCUUCGCAGGAGACAACCCUCUUCAAAAGUUUCUCAGUGACAUCAAUAGAAAAUUUGGAGUUCAAAAUGGAGAAAUUCCAAGUCAACAUUCGAAUGAAAGUGGAGAAGCCAGCACUUCGAUGACUGCUCUUGAAAUGCCGAUCUCACAAAAAGCAUCAAGAGAUCCAAGUCCGAAUAGCAGUUUGAUCAGUGAGAUUAAUGGUGGAACAGAAACUGUCGACUCCUCUCCUCGCCUCCGCCUCAACCCGAUGAUUCCAUUCGGAUGCGUUUUCUGUCCAUGCUCAUUCCCACUUAUCAAAGAUCUCCAUAUUCAUGUCACCCAUGUCCACAGAACUUCCUACCGCUGCAACUUCUGUUUAGCCGAAUUCGUGGCACCAGAACAUCUUGAACAUCACUUUACGAUGGUUCACGUCACUGGUGGAGUAGUGGAAACUACAAAUAGCCAAUGA